GAAGACAGUUUGUUACAAUGAAAGGGUUGCAACUCGUAAAAAAAGAAAAAUUAACUGUUGAAACUCUAAAAAAGUUACUCUUUAUUAUAAAAAAUCCUAGAACAACAAAAAAAGCAAUCAAAAAGCUAAACAAAAGGCAGAGGCACAAAACACAAAACAAAAAUCCUACAGAAACACGUGAAACCAAAAGAACACAGAUUAAGACGGUGGGUCACGGUGGAGAACCGGCCGCCAUCCCCAUCAUCAAUCUGGACACGCCGAUCGCGUCCUCGUCGGCGUCCUCCUCGUCCGGGUCCGGAAGUGUGUCCACGAACUCCGCUUCCACCGGGGCGCCGCAGUCAGCUCGGAAUAUUCCAGUUCCAGAGCUUUACAAUAUUAAUGAUAUGGAUAUUAUUAUUGAAUACUCAGAGCUUGACUCGGAAUAUCCCGACUAUCCGCCACCGGAGCAGCAACAACAACAGCCUUCGGACCACGGUGUGCCACCAACGCCACGUGCCACGAUGGCACCACCUCCACCACAGCCUCAUCUGCCGACGCACGACCAAAUUCAGAUGCAAAUGGGUGGUGGCGGUCCGUCCGGCGGUCGCACAGUUACCAACCAGCAGCAACAGCAGCAGAACCAACCGCCUCUCACGGGUCCGACUCCACCAUCGACCCCCCAUCCGCACGACGUGAGUGGCCUAAAGAUGGCCAACAAUCACUCCCAUCCGCUGCCCCACCUGCCAACGCACCUAGCGGCAUCCGCGGACGAAGGACAAGCAAAUUGA